AUGCCCAACCUAAACUUACCCUCCUCUUCCUCCCAGCUGCGCUCCUUACGUAUCAUAUUAUUCUCUCUGUGGCUCACGACAACCAUACACUACGCCCACAAUUACCUCCGUGCGGAAGACUACCCGCCAGUCCCCGGGAUCUACACCUCAGCGCGGGCAUAUCGCAUCGGCAUCACUAUCUCUUAUCCUUUCCAUACGCUCUGUGGAAUCCGUGGCUACUAUCUAUUGAAGUCUGGAGAUCUACAGACGUCGCCUAUUUACCUCGCCAGUUAUGCGUCGCUUGGGAUCCGGACACCGGCUCAUUUCUUCGGGGGCGUGCCCCAGAUCCCAUGGUUCUGGUUCCUUACCAUUUUCACCGACUUCUUUGCUGGGCUGGCGCUGGCGGUUUUCUGUUACAGAGCAUAUGUAUCGACAAACAGGUUCUAA